UCUAUUUCAUACUGUUCAUUCACAUAUGUACAAAAGAUUGCAAGUGUCAACUAGACAAAUUAGCUGUCAAAAUUUACUGACAAUAACUAAGAUCUUUGUUCAAGAAUGGAUGGUUUACUUUAGUAUUUACUAUUUAUGAAUUUAUUUUAGAAAAAGUACAUGACUAAAUUACACGAAUCAGUGAAGUUCGCUUCAUAGUGGCGAUUUACAAUUAUUUUUUAUAUAAUUAAGCGAUGGGAUCGCUAACCAGUCGACAGAAUGCUGGCGUAGAAGAAGUUGAUAUCGUUUCAAAUCAUGCAUACAAAUACCCUCCUCGUUCUGGAAGCUACUUUGGUAGCCAUUUCAUCAUGGGUGGUGAGAGGUUUGAUACACCUCAACCAGAAGCAUAUUUAUUUGGAGAAAAUGCUGACUUGAAUUUUCUGGGAAGCAGACCUACACCUUUUCCAUAUCCGCCUCCACAAGCAAAUGAUCCUACAAAAACAUUAAAAAGUUUAGUCAAUAUAAGAAGAGAAUCAUUGAGACUAGUUCGCAAUGUUGAUCAAACUUCUGCUUCACCUCAAUGUCAUAAUUUGAAACAUUAUGGUGAUGGUGAUAUUGAUAAGAAAUCAAGUCGUUAUAAUAUUGAAUUCAUAUUUGACUGUGAUGUACGAUGUGCAAUUACAAUAUAUUACUUUUGCACUGAAGAGGUGACAACAAAAGGUGUUACUUAUACACCAAGAGAUCCCUCAAUGAACUCUGAAACAUAUUACUACAAAAAGGGUGCAAAUCAGUUAUUUUCAAAAACAUCACAUGUGUUUGAUCCAUUAGCAUAUAAUGAAGAGGAUUUGUUAUAUAAUGCUGAUAGGGAAAUAAUUCCAAUAGCAAUUCAUUGUGUGGCAGAAGAAGGCUCAGAUGAACCAAAACAAUCUCACACAACAAUUGCAGUUGUUGAAAAACAUUCAGAUGGAACAUAUGUAUUAAAGGCACUUAAGCAAAAGCUUUAUGUUGAUGGUCUUUGUUAUUUGCUUCAAGAAAUAUAUGGUAUAGAAAAUAAAAAUACUGAAAAUGCUAAGCAACAAGGCAGUGAUGAAGAUACAGAUGAUAAUGGAUCAGAAUGUGUUAUUUGCAUGUAUGAUGUGCGAGACACAUUAAUAUUGCCAUGUAGACAUCUAUGUUUAUGUAAUGGUUGUGCUGAUUCUCUUCGAUACCAAGCUAACAAUUGUCCAAUAUGUCGUGCUCCUUUUAGAGCUCUUCUUCAGAUCAAAGCACUGCAGAGAUCAACUGGGGCUGUUAUAUCAAACCCACCAUUACCAGAAGGAAGUUGUGAAAAUAUUCCAUCUGGCUAUGAGGCUGUAUCAUUAAUAGAAGCAUUAAAUGGUCCAUAUAUUCCAAGAACUGCUGUUCUUGCACCAGAAUCUCCAGACACACCUGAUACAGAUACAGCAAGUGCAAUACAAGCAGCUGAAGCAUUAAAUAGAUCUGUUGAACGUACACCUGUAUUGAAACAUGCAUCUUCAAAAGAAGUAGAUACAUCUGCUAGAUCAAGUGGCACUGCAUGUCCUACUCCAGAAUUUCGAAUGUCAGUUUUAUUGGCUAGAGACGAACAUUCAGGUUCACAAAAAGACCUUCAUACCCGAUCUCCAGGAAUGAGGAUGAAAUCCUCCGGGCAUAUACGCGAAAAAUCUUCCUUAAAAUCUCGAGAUACUCUUAGACUUGUUAACGAAAAACAACCUGUUUCUCUUUAUGAGGGACAAGGACAAGAUGACGAUAGUGAAGCAGAAAAACUAUCUCCUUUAUUAGAUGCAGCAACGAGUACAGAAGCACUUGAUACUCAUAAUCAUAGAAUAUGUGACAUAGAUGUUGACGAUGAGAUUCAAAACACAGAAAAUGAGAAUGAUGCUGAUGCUACAUCUUUAAAUUUAUUGAUAGUGCCAAAAGCAGUCAUCCGUUCCAAAGAUGUUAAGUAUAGAAUAAAAUUAAUGCCACGUGUUUGUGUAUAA